CGUGCGAAGUCUGUAUCCGUGGAUGUGAAGAUGGCUGAAUGCGAACCUCCUCCAGUCCCCGGUCUCUCUUACUCGAUAUCCGAUUGCUCUUCGACGACUACAUCUAGCUCCUCUACCUCACAAGAUCCCUUUGAACCGACCUUCCUCCCCUACUGGGCCCGUUACAAGACAAAGUGCGCCCAGAACCUCCUAGACUACUCUGACGAACCGAUCGAGUACGACCACGAAGACGAGGACUAUCGCGAUAAUUGCUUCUUCUUUCCAGAAGACAGUUCGUGGACACCGCCAAAAGAGUGCGCUUCGGGGACAAAACAUAUACCAAUUCAGGAGGAACCCGAGAUUCGGGAGGAAUACAAAUCAUUGGCAGAUCACACCAAAGCCGACACCGACACCAUGAUUCCCGGUCUCCCAGAUAUCAAGAUGCUAGACGCAGAAGCGCUAAGCGACCUCCUGGAAGAUAACCUCUCCCCACCGGAGAUCACAACGAUCAUUGUCUUCGCAACGAACGGCGCCGUUUUCGCCCACGGCUCCUCCCUCUCCUCGCGCCAACUGCGCAACCUCAGCGCUACAUACGGCGCUGCUUACACAUGCUACGCCAAGACUGCCUCAAGCGGCAAUCUGACAGGCGUGAACCCAGCGAGCCAUCCUUCAUCCUACGUAACCGCAAAGUCCAUAUCGCUAGGUGACGUGGGCUCAAUCGUCUUCGAACUUGGCGACUCCGUCGCGGUGGUAACCCGAAUCGCAGACAAAGUGCUCGUAGCAGCUGUUGGUCCGUCCAGACUCGAUGCGCCGGAGCCAAACGGCGCGAUUAACGCCGAUUCCCUCGCAACCGAUGGUUUUGCCGAUGUUGGUAAUGGGACAUCGACCCCCGAGGGCUCACAGGGUGAUGGCUCGCGUGCACUAGCCACUUCUGUAUCUCUAAAUCCUCCAAACGGCCACGGCGACCCGCAAUUCGAGGUCGAUCGAAGCGCCGAUCUCGCGCGUCUCUCCAGCCUCAACCUUUCCGCAUCACCGGCUGUUUUACUUGCGCUGGAGUCUAAAUGCGCAGCACUAGGGCGGUUCCUCGGAGAAAAACUAAAUGAUCUGGAAAGUCCGGAGGAUUUCUGA